CCAGGCGUUGGGAAAUUCGGGAGAGGGAAGGAUGGACUUCUGCAAGGCCUCUCUUCUCGCUACUUUCCCCCGGCUGCUGGGGGGAGAAUUCGGCUUUUGCAUCUCUGCAGUAGCAGAACAGUUGGAAAUGUGAAGGAGAUAGAAUCAGGAAGGAGAGUUUUGGAAAAAGAUAAGCAUCUACAGGUGGAAGCACAAUAUGGGGAUCAAGUGUUACCAAAAAGACAUUGCAGAAGGAAAAGGGAACCAAAAGAGAAGCAAAGAAAGGAAUUGGUGGCCUGUCAGAGCAGAAAGAAGCCUGAGGUCUCUGCCCAAGAUGAAACAGGGAAGAGAAAGAGAAGGCCUAAUGGUGCCGUGAACCAGAAAGGGUUCAACUGCAAAUUCACUGCUAAAACAUCUCACAGCGUUCCAGCAUUCUUGAAAAGGUAUAAAUGCAUGGAAUGUGGGAAGUGCUUCCAAUGGAGUAGUGCACUAACUGUCCAUCAAAGGAGUCAUAGAGGGGAGAAGCCAUAUAAAUGCUUAGAAUGUGGAAAGUGCUUCUCCCAGAAUGGCAACCUAACUGCACACCAAAAGAUUCAUACUGAGGAGAAGCUAUAUAAAUGCUUGGAAUGUGGAAAGUGUUUCUCUCGGAAUAACAGCCUAACUACACAUCAAAAGAUUCAUAUUGGGGAGAAGCCAUAUAUAUGCUUGAAGUUUGGAAAGUCCUCUCCAAGUGGCCUAAGAAAACAUCAAACAGUUCAUACUGGGGAGAAGCCAUAUAAAUGUUUGGAAUGUGGAACAUGCUUCUCUAGAAAUUACCACCUAACUACACAUCAGAAGAUUCAUACUGGGGAGAAGCCGUAUAAAUGCUUGGAGUGUGGAAAGUGCUUCCCUCAGAUUAGCCACCUAAGGAGACAUCAAAAGGUUCACACAGGGGAGAAACCAUAUAAAUGUUUGGAGUGUGGAAAGUACUUUUCUCAGAGUGGCCACCUAAGGACACAUCAAAGGGUUCACACAGGGGAGAAGCCAUAUAAAUGCUUGGUGUGUGGAAAGAGCUUCUCUUUGAAUGGGGGCCUAACUUCACAUCAGAAGGUUCACACUGGUGAUAAGCCAUAUCAAUGCUUGGAGUGUGGAAAGUGCUUCUCUCAUGGGUUCCACCUAAGAAGACACCAAAAGGUUCACACAGGGAAGAAGCCAUAUUAAGACUUUUGAGUGUGGGAAAUGGUUUACUUGGAAUGACACCCAAACUGCAAAUCAAAAGAUUCAUACUGGGUAGACUUCUGGGGAAAAUGAUAAUUUGAAGCACUUUUCAAAGGCUCCAAACCUAUCUUCCUGUUGAACUUACCAUGUCAGCAGAAAAUUUAUUUCUCUUUCUUUACUUCUCCCUACUCUACUGGUGAACGCACAGGGGUCCUGAUGCUGGAUGCCUCACUAACUUUUGAGAUUACCUAGAUUACCAAUGGUGACAAAUCAUACUUUUAAUACCUUCAGCUGUUUUGGCAGCUAGUUCCUUACCUUCCCCCCGCUACCAUGCAAUGGUCACUUACAGGUUAGACUACUGUAACUUGCUUUACGCAGGGCUGCCCCUUGAAUCUGACCCAGAAACUCCAGAUAGUGCAAAAUGCAGUGGUGUCCCUUCUGACUGUGAAGUCUGUGCAGGCGCACUUUCAGCUGGUACAAUACCAAUUGCACUGGCUACCAAUUGAGUACUGGAUCCAUUUCAAGGUGUUGAUGAUCACCUUCAAAGUCGUUUGUAGCCAGGGACCAACAUAUCCGAGGGAGCAAAUGGUAUGCACCCAAGAGUGCUCAUAGAACUUUCUAGAGAGCUUGCAAAGCAUUUCUUCAUCAUCUUCCACAACUCCUGGAGGAUGGGAAACAUGCCACAAGGCUGAAGGAGGGCAGAUGUUAUCCCAGUUUUCAAAAAAAAAAAAAAAGGUGAUCCAGGAAGCUACAGACCAGUCAUCCUGACUUCCGUCCCACAGAAUGUGACUAACAGCAGUGAAAAAAUUGUGAGAUUUUGCUUUGCAUGGCGAUGAUUAUUAAAAAGGUUAAAGAAAAUGAUUCACAGGAAAGGAAAACUUUGAGGAGUGGUUUCAAGGACAAACGGAAGACAGCAUGAAAGAGGAGGUGAAAUAGGAAAUUUACAGUUAUCAGUGGAUGUAAAGCAGAAAUAAAGUCAAAUGUGAAUUCC